GGUGGCGGCGGUGGUGGUGCUGGUGGUGGUGGAGGAGGGAGAAACCCCUCCCCUUCCCCUCCCCCGUGGCUCCUUCCUCGGAAAAGCAGCACUUGGGGGGUUUCCUCCCCUUCCCCUCCGCGCCGCUCCCCGCGGCCGAGGAGGGCCCGGCGGGCUGCCGCCGGCCCGGGCCAGCCCCGGGAAGCCCCGGAUGGAUCCGCGCUGGAGGAAAGCUCCGCAAAAGCAGCGAAGCGCUGUGUCGGCACUCCCGGCGUUGGACUGCUUCCAGGCCUGACCUCCAGCUGCUCACCCCUAUGGAUGGCAAAUUGAGAGAGGCUGGACGCGAAGGAGGAAGGAUGGUCACGGCAGCGUCUUCCCAGGAUCCAUGGGCUCUUUGAGAGAUGAUCAGAGGGAGGCCAGAUGAUCUGCACAACACGCACGCCACUGUUCCUCGUCCGCAAAGGCAGCAUCGGAGCGUCCUCCCCAGCCCCGUGCCGCCCGGCUUGCCCGAUCGCUUCCGGAUGUUUCGCAGCUGCGAGUGGGAGGUCCUGGAGCGGUCCCUCAACAUCCUCCAGGCCAGCGACUUCUACUGGGGUCCCCUGUCCGUGGGGGAGGCCCACGCCAAGCUCCAGCGGGAGCCCGUCGGCACCUACUUGGUGCGGGACAGCUCGCAGGGCAACUGCUUGUUCAGCCUGAGCGUGCGGAUGCCCACGGGGCCCGUCAGCCUCCGCAUCUCUUUCCAGGAGGGCUAUUUCCGCCUGAAGAACUGGUUUUCGGACUGCGUGGUCCGGCUGCUGGAGCUGGUGGUGGCGGGGACCCGCAACAACCCCUUGCACUUUGAUGAGAUGGGGGGAACCCCCCUGGUCUUCUCGGAGCCCCUGUGCCGGAGCCGCCGAGCGGUGCCCACGCUUCGAGAACUGUGCCGCCGGCGCCUGCCUGCUGGCGCUGCUGCCGCGGGGGACACCACAGGGACGUGCCCGCAGGAGGUGGUGGCGUCACCCCCGGGCAGGAGACGGGGGUCAGAGCAAAGUGUUGGCUCCAGGCCCCUCCGCAGCCGGGGCUGGGAGAUGAUGGCGGGCAGUGUGGGAGGCUGAAGGGACGCGCCUGCCGCCUGGCCGUGCCGGCGGGGCCGGGGUAGCUGCUCGGAGAGGCAGGGGAGGGCAGGUGCCCCAACCCAUUGGCCAUAAGAGCUGUGUCCUUGGGGGUGCACAGCACGUGUGGCCUUCCCUGCAAUGGCUGGGGUAAAGCCAGAGUGGGGGAGCAGUGGCUUCCACCCCCUGGGCCCUGCUCUUUGCUCCAGUCGUGCCUUAUAAGCUUGAGAGCGGGGCGAGCUGCCUGUCCCCCCAGGUCAGCCCCGCUGCCCCAAAGUGCCUGAGCUAGUCUGUGCUAAGCUAUGUGCCCUCGUGCAGCGAUACGGCUGGCACCGGUCCCACAGCGCUGCGGCCUGGGCAUGGCCCCGUGCUGCCCGGAGAGCCACAAGGGCAGGAGCGCGCCCUGCUCCUCGCCGCACAAACAGACGUCAGCACUUGCACCCGGGGAGAACUGCUGCAGCUCUUAUAGUACGUGCAGCUUCGCUGCCUUUUGCCUCGCUUUAUUUGAACAGGUUUUUGGGAGUGCAGAUGGGUUUAUACUACGGGCAGUGCGUUCCAGCGGAGGCAGUCCCGGUCCAGAGGGCCUGGGCUGCUCUGCGAGGGUGAGAACAGAUCAAUCCUGUGCCCUUCCUUACGCUCAUCUGAUAGUAUGCUGCUGCCAUCUAUGGACUGUACAAAGAUGUUUUGGUUUUGUCUCAAAAAAAAUGGCAAAGAAUUUUUAUACAACUUUUUAAAUGUUAAUAAACAUGUUUUUGUACUUCUUUUUAAAAGCUAA